AAUCUUAGUUUAAGACGCAAGCUCCUUCUCAGCCACGCAACCGAACCAGUACCACUGCUCACGCCACUGCCGGGAUAUUCAUCUCCACCUUCAGUCAAUUUAAAUUCAAUGGAUGCUAAUAAUUUGAGAUCUGAUCAAGGAGCUGAACCCAUUAUGGAUACUAGUGAUUGGAGAGGUCAAUUGAAGCAAGAAUCACGCCUAAGAAUUGUCGACAAAAUAACGGACACAUUAAAAAAACAUCUUCCCGUUUCUGGUCCAGAGGGAUUGAAUGAACUUUGGAAGAUUGCUCACAGGUUUGAAGAGAGGAUUUUUACUGAGGCAACAAGCCAGUCUGAUUAUCUAAGGAAAACACGUCAACAUAUUCUUUGA